UCCCACCUCUUCACGCCCCCUUCUCUCUCUUUCUCUCUCUCUCUCAUUCCUGUACACUCCGUCAGUUCCUCGCUCAGCUCUUCCUCUUGUUCUUCAGGAUUCUCUCCUCCUCUCCCUCUAUUUUUCGCUGUGCGUUGGCCGGUGCACUCCUCCCUCUCUCUGUUUCUCACUCUCUCGCCUUCUAUCUCUUCCUCCCUCUCUCUGUUUUCUUUCUCUUUCUCACACUUGUUCCGUGGUGUUUUUUGUUCUCGUGCCUGGUGUGAGCAGAGCAGUUCAUUCUGAAGAAGCGUCACUGCUGCCUCCUGACCAAGAGUGUAUGUGUGAGUGUGUGUGGAAACAGUGAGUGACUUUUCACUGAAUUGGCCUGCUGUACAUGGAGACUCCCAUCUGGCCAGAUAGUGGCGUGUGUAAGUCUGGAAGUCUAGCCGUGUUCAGGAACGCGGUGUGUAGUGGAUUCCUCACGCAGCAGCUCUGGCAUUUAGGACUCCCACUUCUGCACACACUGGGUAACCAAGAGGCAACCAAUCCGGUGGACGCGAUGGCUCAGUCCUACACCCCAGCACAAUUUCCUCCCCCACAGAACGGUAUCCCAGGAGACUUCACCGCACCCCAUGCCCUUCCCACGCAGGACUACACAGGACAAAGCCGAGUACCCGAACACACCCUGACUAUCUACACACCAACACAGACACACAGCGACCCAGUAAACAGUGACAGCAACACAACAACCAUCACCAACACAACAGAUGAUGUGACGCAAACAGACACGCUGUCGUCCUCAGAAUCGCCGGAGAAACAGCAGCCCAAGCGGCUCCACGUCUCCAACAUUCCCUUCCGCUUCCGUGACCCUGACCUCAGACAGAUGUUUGGGCAAUUUGGGAAGAUUUUAGACGUGGAAAUCAUUUUUAAUGAACGGGGAUCUAAGGGCUUCGGUUUUGUAACUUUUGAAAUGAGCACAGACGCAGACCGUGCGCGGGAGAAACUAAACGGUACAAUCGUAGAAGGACGCAAGAUCGAGGUGAACAACGCCACAGCGAGAGUGAUGACGAACAAGAAGGCAGCAAAUCCUUACACAAACGGCUGGAAGUUGAAUCCUGUGGUGGGAGCCGUUUAUGCACCUGAACUUUACGCAGUAACAGGGUUUCCCUAUGCAGCCACAGGGGCAACUGUAGCAUACAGAGGAGCUAAUUUAAGAGGAAGAGGACGAGCAGUUUAUAAUACAUUCCGCACAGCUCCGCCUCCUCCACCCAUCCCCGCCUAUGGAGCAGUUGUUUAUCAGGACGGUUUCUACGGUGCUGAGAUCUAUGGAGGCUAUGCAGCGUACAGAUAUGCCCAGCCUGCCACAGCUACUGCAUACAGUGACAGCUAUGGUAGAGUCUAUGCAACGGCAGAUCCAUACACUCAUGCUAUCAGCCCAGCUGCCACGUACAGCGUUGGCACAAUGUAAAAAAAAAUGAGGAAAAGAGAGGAGGAAAAGAGAGAGAGAGAGAGAAUAUGUGCAGCGCUCGGCAACAGACGGUGACAGAAGAAUGAUGGACACAUCACAACCAGAAAGCCAGAAAUGACCGAAAAGCAGAUGGGUGUGAAAAAAGAGAGAGAAAAAAAAAAAAAAAGAUAAGAGUAAUGUGAAGAUGAAACAGCCUGAACGAGAAAACAGAGUCCGGUUUCACAAAGCAUUUUAUUUUUCUAUAUUUUUCUUGAUGCAGAAAAGUGUGUUUGAGAGAUAUAAAUAUCUGCGUACACAUAUAUACACAUAAAAUAUAUGCUGAACAACAAAAUGCCAUCAGAACACAGCUGAGAGAACAAUGGCAAGCUUUUGGCUCCGCCCACACCAUCGAUGUGAAAAUGGAUCACAGCAUUCAGACCCACAGCCAAGGUCUUGUGUGGAGUUUUGAUCAGUCCAUUUCCUGUGCCGUGAUGUCACUCUGUCCUGUGCUUUUAAUCCUAUAGCACUUCCUGGAUGCAAUUCUGUGCCCUUUUUCUUACACUGAUCUAAGAAAUUCUCAAAAUAAUCAUCUAGUUGUGCUUCCACAAGGUUCAGAAAAAAAAACAUGCACAACAAGACAGUCAUUAAAUGGACUUUAAGGAGGGACAUUAACUUCAUUCUGGCUGAAACUCUUGCUCAUGUCAAUGUUUCCACUGUAUGACAAGAAAAUCAACAUGGAGAUAUCACAUUUUUUCUAAGGUUGUCUCCCAUAAUGCAACAGUGGUUGUUUCUUCUAAAAAAAUGGCUGCCCAUUGCCUGCCAUGCCACAUCUCCUUUGCAAAAGCUGCCCUGCCCUUUCUUCCUUCUUCUCAAUGAGCAAAGAUCCGGACCCACUUCCUGUUGCUGAUGUCAUGACAAUCUUCCUGUUUGCAAACCUGCUGACUUCCUGUUGAAAAAGAAGGUUAGAACACUGGAAAUCUCACUCUGUGUUCCAGAAAUUUAGACACAAGUGUGUUAGUAAAGUCAGGUACUGAUGUAGGUGAGGGUGAGGACUUCUGGGGUGCAGUCAGCGUUCACAAUCAUCCCAAAGCUAUUCAAUAGGGUUGAAGUCUGGG